GUUCUGUGUUUUUAACCAUAUAUGUAAUACAUAUAUGGUUUUAACAAAAUGUGAAUAUUUUUUUUGUUGAUAAACUGUUGAUAUAUUGACAUUUCUAAUUGUUAAAAAAGUGAUAAUUAUAACAUUUGUUUUACUUAAUAAUUUCAAAUAAUAGAAAAAAUGGAAAGAUAACAGGUUAUAUACAAAGAAAUGGAUAUACAAAUGUUUAAAGAAGAAAUUGAUAUCCACGAUGAUUUUCUGUCGAAUAUCGAUAUAAACCAAGAAUCAAUUGAUGAAGUAUCCGCAAUAAAAAUUGAAAAUAUAAAUGUACAAAUAAAUGGAAUUCAUUCAAUCAAACAAGAAAUCAAUGAUGACUUGAAUACAAAUAAAAUAUUUGAUAACCAUGUGCAUGAAACUAAUAAAACACAAAUGAAUGUUCUUAAUACAAGCAAAAUCAUGAGAAACAAAGGAUAUUCCAAAAUUGACCAUGGAAAGAGAACUAAAUCAAGAGUUACAGGACUGAUAAGAGAUGACAAAUUUAUCCAACCAAAUUUUAGGGGGUUUAUGAAAUGUGUAUAUUGUGGGAAAUUAUACACGAAACAAGUAGAAUUAUUAUACCACUUAGCAAUAAACCAUUGUAUAAAAGGAAAAAAAUUUUAUAAGAUGCACCAUAAAAGUAAAAGUGAUACAUGUAUUAUUGAAAAUAUUGAUAUAAAACAUGAAAUUGAAGUAGUUGAACAUGAAUUGAAAGUGGAGGAGGAAACCAUGAAUCAGUUGGAUGUUACUGAUAAUUUAAACACAUUUGUACAUGAGGCUUCAAAACCAUCUGUAAAAGGAGCUAAUUCAAAUCUGCCAUUGAAUACUUACAUUGGAGCCAAAUCAUUCAGAUGUGAUAUUUGUAUGAAAUUAUUCACAUAUAAAAACUGUUUGAACAAACAUAUGGUUAGGCACACAGAAGAAAAGCUAUUCAAAUGUAACAUUUGUCUCAAAACUUUUUCACGGAAAAGUGGUUUGAAGAUACAUUUGCAAAGACAUACAGGAGAAAAGCAAUUUAAAUGUGACAUUUGCAUGAAAUAUUUUAUAAACAAAAGUAGCUUGAAAAUACAUUCACGAAGUCAUACAGGUGAAAAGCCAUUCAAAUGUGAAGUUUGUUUAAAAACUUUUUCUCAUAUAAGUAAUUUGAAAACUCAUUUACGGACUCACACAGGAGAAAUGCCAUUCAAAUGUGACAUUUGUAUGAAAUAUUUUUCACAUAAAAAUAGUUUGAAUAUACAUUUACAAAGUCAUACGGGUGAAAAGCCAUUCAAAUGUGACAUUUGUUUCAAAACUUUUUCACAAAGAAGUAAUUUGAAAAUACAUUUACGAACUCACACACGAAAAAAGAUGUUCAAGUGUGACAUUUGUAUGAAAUAUUUUUCACUGAAAGGUAGUUUGAAUAUACAUUUAAAAAGUCAUAAAGGUGAAAAGCCAUUCAAAUGUGACAUUUGUUUCAAAUCAUUUUCGCAGAUAUGUAUUUUGAAUACCCAUUUAUAUAGUCAUACAGGAAAAAAGCCAUUCAAAUGUGACAUUUGUUUGAAAUCUUUCUCACAAAAAAGUAUUUUGAAUUCACAUUUGAAUAUUCAUGCAGAAGAAAAUCCAUAUAAAUGUGGCAUUUGUAUGAAAUCAUUCACACAUAAAAUUAGUUUGAUUAUACAUUUUCAAAUUCAUACAGAAGAAAAUUGAUCAAAUGUGGCAUUUGCUUGAAAUCUUUCUUGCAUAAAGAUAGUUUGAAUAAACAUUUGCUUAAACAUACCGGAUUAAUACAAUCUGAUUGAAAUUGAUGGUAGAGAAAGUAUAUUAAAACAAACAUUCGCUAAAUGAAAUGUAUUUAUUUAAAAGUUAGACAAGACAUAAACAAUCAGAGCUCAUCAUUUCCAUUAGAACAGCCAAUUGUUGGUUUAAAAGUUCAGUUUUAGCCAUUAGCCAUGAAGUACCAUCUUUGGACAAAGCUCUCAUAUUUAACAAAUACUAGUUGAUUGUGAGGAUUUGAAAAACCAACAGCUUAUAUGGAUGUAACUAACUCUACCAAGAAGAGCAAUUAUAAACUUUCAGGGGGAAUCAAAAACCCUCCAGAUAUUAACUUUUCGGUGAUUGAGACUAAUAUAGUCCACCUAAGACUUCUGAAUACUGAAUAAAUCAUUUUUUGAGAAGAUAAA